UCCGCCUCGCCGGGCCGCCAUCUUGGCUGGGAGCCGCGGUCGCACCGCAGUGGGUGGUGAGGGGGUCGGGGUCCUGCUGUGCCUUUGUGGCCGUCCCUUCCUUCCUCCUUCCUUCCUCCUUCCUCUGGUCCUUCCCUGCCUCCCUUGGCCGCCGGCUGCAGGCAGGCGGGGCGUCCGGCACCGGAGGGGCCUGCUCUAGCAGCGAGAGAUGAGCAACAACAGUAAUAAGAGAGCACCAACAACAGCAACACAGAGACUUAAACAAGACUACCUUCGAAUUAAGAAAGAUCCAGUGCCUUACAUCUGUGCAGAGCCCCUCCCAUCUAAUAUCCUUGAAUGGCACUAUGUUGUACGAGGACCUGAGAUGACUCCUUAUGAAGGUGGCUAUUAUCAUGGGAAACUAAUAUUCCCCAGAGAAUUCCCUUUUAAACCUCCUAGUAUUUAUAUGAUUACACCUAAUGGAAGGUUUAAGUGUAAUACAAGGUUGUGUCUUUCAAUCACUGAUUUCCAUCCGGAUACAUGGAAUCCAGCUUGGUCAGUCUCAACAAUCUUGACGGGCCUUCUUAGCUUUAUGGUGGAAAAGGGCCCCACACUGGGCAGCAUAGAGACAUCAGAGUUCACGAAAAGACAGCUUGCUGCACAGAGCUUAGCAUUUAAUUUAAAAGAUAAAGUCUUCUGUGAGCUCUUCCCUGAAGUGGUGGAGGAGAUUAAACAGAAACAGAAAGCACAAGAAGAACUCAGUAACAGACCUCCAUCCCUCCCUUUACCAGAUGUUGUUCCUGAUGGGGAAGCACACUAUGGGCAGAAUGGAAUACCCCUCCUGAAUGGGCAUGUACCAUUGGCACCUGCCAAUCAUCCAGGUCUCCAACAGGCCAACCGUAACCAUGGACUUUUAGGUGGAGCUUUGGCGAACUUGUUUGUUAUAGUUGGUUUUGCAGCCUUUGCCUACACAGUCAAGUAUGUACUGAGAAGCAUAGCCCAAGAAUGAGGAUAAUAAAAGAAAUCCAAGACCAAAUUAGCGGUAGUUGCAGAAUGAGUGGGACUCUUUGGGCAUCUGACUCUGACACUGGGGGAAAUACUUGUUUUACCAAGUUGCAGGUAAAACAUUGGUUGGCUCAUGGGUUAUGUGUGGGAAAUGGAGUAGUUUUGAUUAGUCAGAAAACUAAAAGAAGUUCUGUUCACAGUUCCUCUUGUCCUCGCUACUGUCUGGUAGUGGCUCACGAACAAGUCAAAGCAUUAUUGAUGAGACACGACCAUUUCUAGUGCUUUGAUUUUUAUAGCAGUUCUCCAUCUGUUGUUUGAAAAUCUGAAGCAAAUGAGGCUUUUUACUUUAUGGAACAGUUUUUAAGGUGUCACAGUUUAUGCAUAUCGCGUUUUACUUUCCUUAGGGGAGAGUCUGUACAGGGGUUGAAAUGAUUCAAGUAGAGAUUCCAUGCGGACUUGGUAAGGGUUGGGUUCGUGUGAACAUUUAUGCUACAGAAGAUUGCUGGUUUCUUUUAUAAAAUAGAAUGACCAUCAUUUCAUAUCUAGUCAGUAGUGAUUAGAUGAGUGGGACAGUAACACCAUGUGUGUUAAAUGUGUUGUCUAAAUUGUCACAGUGUCAUUGAAGGUUUUAUUUGGGCUACAAGAAGUGCAGUUGUCAACCUUUAGGCAAUUGAAUUGGUCUUUCAUGGGGAUACCCAUAUCCAGUGUUGUUUUGGGUUUGUUCACUGACAGAUUCCCAUCUGGGAGACGUUCCAUUUGAAGCUGUAAUACUUAGUUUUGAUCACAAGGUGCCACUGGUGAAAUGAAUAAUAAAACCACACACACUAAUGGAGAGUUGAUUGUGUAUUCAGCAAAACUUCUCUGGAUUUCUUGGCCUUUGGUAAAUGGAGUAACCCAAGCCCUUGUGAAGACUGAAAGAUGAGUGAAUAACAAACCAGCUUCUUCAGUCAGUUGAAUUAAUCUGAAGUGUCACUAGCUGAAGUAAACACUUAAAGUUAGUCCCACUUGCUUACUUGAAGACUUGCAUAAGCUCUUAGACAUCACCACCAAAAGCUCAAACCCUUCUAACUCAUCUGAGAUUCUAGAAGCUUUUUUGCUUUUAGGUGUAAAUUCAUUACUCUUCCCCUUCAGAUGACUGAAAUACCAAUGUUUGUUCAUGGAAUUAUUCAUGGAUACUGUAAGGCUCCUAGAGUAGUUCAAAAUCUGCCUGAAAUUACUUUCUAAACUCAAUUUUCUUCCCCCCCCUUAAUUUUAUCCAAAUACUUUGUUUUAUCAGAGGCAAACUUACUGUGCCUUUCAUAUUUGACAGUGAUGCCUCAUCAUUUAGGGAAGAACAUGCUGUUAAUGCUACAACAACCUGUCAAAGGUGAUGGCAGGGCAGGAGGCUCUGCAUCUCACUGGCUAGUCUUACCUAUUCUGAAGAGCCCAAAUAAAUAUUACCUCAUCUAUUUAAGAAUGUUUGCAAAGCUGUUUUGUUUUCCCUUUCAGAUUUGUUUUCUCUCUGCUUCUUGAUAUCUUGAAUUGUACCAAAACUGUUUUGUUAACCCAUGAGGAUGCAGCUUAGAGCAUUAAUAAAUGUGACCAAUUCUCUGCAGUAGGUAGGAAUGAUCAGGACUGGCAGACCAGCUCUGUACUAAAGAAAUCUUAAAGCAGUUCCUACUGAGGUAAGGAAGGGAAGGAAGUGGGGAGAAGCUGGAGAAGGUUGAAUGUUAGAAUGUGUUUAUAAAUAUUUGAUUUUUUCUUUUUAUCAAAUCUUAUUUAUAACUGUUUUUUGAUUUACCUCUUUGUGCUUCAUCAGCUCUUGUGGAAGGAGAAGUGCCAGGUGGAUCUAUCUAGAAACAAUUGUGUUGUGUUAGGCUGGGGGUGUCCUGUGUUUCCUGCAGUGAGAGGGUUUUCAGGAUGGCUUGUCAGGCUGGCAUAUCUCCUCCCUCAAAGCACAUGGACCUGUAGCUGGGGCUGUAGAGCCUCAUAGAUUUUAGUGUCAUUCAGACAUGCUUGUGUUCUCGCAAUGCCUUUUAUUACUGUUGACAUCGCCUACGGGCAGCAGCUUAGAAUCAGUUAUCUACAUUUAUCUUCUUAUCUUAUGGAAGUUCUUUUGUCCACAUACAUGAAGACAAAGGCAAGGGGACCUUGCCAUGGUGUGUUUGCAUCUUCUGAUGUUUUGCAUUUACCUAACCAAGGUAGGAGAACUAGCAAAGUCUGGAGAUGCUGAAUAAAAGGCAUUUUAUUACGUGGCAAGCAGUUGGCCUUAAGAAAGGUGGGGCUCCUGUUCUUAGCAUGUGCCACCAUUGGAAACAACUUCAUUUAAACCCUGAACAUGCUGCAUUUGAGGAUUGGUUGUAUUUAAGAAAUGAAACCUUCAGUUGCAGUUUCUCUUCAGUACCCUGGGUUCAGAGAAAGACUGGGCAGUCACUUCAGGUGCCAUUGCUUGAAAGCUAGGGGCUGAGUGAACCCUUUAUUCCCUUCUGUGUAGGUUUUACUCUUUGUUCUGUUUGGUUUUUACAUUCAUGUUACCAAAGUCAUUAGAUGGAGGAAACCAUUCUUUGCCAUGCAGAAACCAUGACCAUGCCCUGAAGCAGUGCAUUACUUAAUGUGGUACUAAACUAAAAGCUAUCCCUCGAUAUAUGAUUUUGGAACAAAUGUCUGGCCCUUUACUUUCAUGCUGCAAUUUCUGUAAGCUUGUUACACACGGGUGGGAGGGAGGUCUUGCAGCUUGAAUCUGAAGCAUCUCAGUGGUCACCUUUAACAACCUGGAUUUAUGGAUAAUCAGAACUUUUCUCCCCCCCACUAAAGUUUCAAGGUCACAGGAGUUCCCUUCCUUCAAGCAUGUACUGAGGAGUAGAAAUGACUGCAUUGUAAAGCUGUUUGUUCAUAAUAAACAUUCAUGAUGAAAUGUA